AUGGAGAACUCGAAACGACUCAGCUUUGGACAGAUUGUGCGGGUAACAACGGGCACACAGCAUUACUGCUCAGUAUGCAGAUAUUUCAGCCAUCCCACCGACGUCUGCACCUGCAAGCGCAGAUCCAUCUCGGGGGUCAUGCUCUCCAGAAGGAACCCUUCCUCGAUCGUCUCUGAGAGCUCCUUCUACACCGCGCGCACCUCGACAUCUGCUGCAUCGACUAGCUGCAGCAGUGUGACGAGCACGCCGAUCACCCCAGCGCUACGGCGAAGAAGGUCGCCAGUCGGUGUGUCGCUUCGAGACCUGCAUAGUCUGCAGUCACGUCAAUCGUCACUUCGCGCGCAAGAGUCCGAAGAGCGGCUUCAAAGAGUCUACGAGAUGCAGAUCGUGUCAUACCUCAACCGCUCCACCGGCAACCUGGAGCCUGUUCACGAGAGCGUUGACGCGACCUGA